GUACCGGUUGUCACCUCUUGUCUUGGUGAAGGAUUGUAAAAUAUGGACGAUGUUAAUAAUCUUCCUCCUGGAUUCAGAUUUCACCCAACAGAUGAAGAGCUCAUCACGUUUUAUCUCACCCGCAAGGUCGCCGAUACCAGCUUUACGUCCAAGGCUAUUGUUGAUGUUGAUCUCAAUAAAUGUGAACCUUGGGACCUUCCAGAAAAGGCAUCAAUGGGGGAGAAAGAAUGGUAUUUCUUCAGUAUGAAAGAUAGAAAAUACCCAACUGGACUCCGAACCAACCGAGCCACUGAAGCAGGCUAUUGGAAAACCACAGGGAAGGACAAGGAAAUCUUUCGGGCUGGUGUGCUUGUUGGUAUGAAGAAAACCCUAGUUUUCUAUAGAGGAAGAGCUCCCAAGGGUGAGAAAAGCAAUUGGGUUAUGCAUGAGUACAGGCUCGAAACCAAACACCCUUUCAAAACCGCAAAGGAGGAAUGGGUAGUUUGUAGGGUAUUUCAAAAGAGCGCAGCAGCAAAAAAACCACAGCAAUCCUCAUCCUCACAGCUAUCUCCGGGCUCUCCAUGUGAUACAAAUUCAAUUGUGAAUGAAUUCGGAGACAUUGAGUUUCCUAGCAUUGCCAAUUCCACAAGUGGAUUCAGUAAUCUUACAACAAACAGUUACAACAGUGAUAACAAUGGUAACAUCAUCAUGAACAUGGAUUUGGCGGCUACCCAGCUUCCAACACUCUCAUGGCCUUCGAGCUUGCUAAGUUCCAAUGUUUCCAUGAAUUCUUGGCUUCUCAAGGCAUUGCAGCUUAGGGGUACUUAUAAUCAACCAAGAGAUCAUCUUCUUAAUGGUACAACGAGCAUGGAAUAUUCUUCGCUUCUACCACAAGGAAUUCCGGCAUUGGGAAGCAGUUUAGGUUCAGGUUUCCAACCUUCUUCUUCUCCUUCCACAGUACUGCCGCAACCUCAGCAGGAGCAACCAUUCAACUUGGACUGCAUUUGGUGAAUCUGUUGAAACAACCAACACAUUGUUCUUACCAAUGCAUGUUAUCGUGUAAUUAGGGUGUGAACACUUAUUACGUGUCUAUAGCUAUACGUAGUUGACAUAGUGAUGUUCUGUUUUGUAUUGUCUAGAAGGGGAAAGUCCCUUGUCCCUUGUUAUUAGUUAGAUUAUUGUCCGUAAAACCAUUAGGAAAGCUCAACAUGGGAAAAAUCAUGUUGGGAUGGUGCCUUGCUAUAUGCAAGAAAGGUUUCAGAGCUGAUCAUUCAUUGUACCAAGGCAUGCAUUUUCUUUCAUGUGUUUUAUUGUGCGAAGAUGGGUCUAGAUCAC